AUGUUUAGAUCAAUCAACCGUUUAAAUUUAUUAGGUUUAAGAAGAUCCUUGGCCACCAGUGCUGAACAAAGAUUGAAAAGUUUCCAUAUUUACAGAUGGAAUCCCGAUACUCCAGAAAUUGAACCAAAAAUGCAAACCUAUGAAAUCGAUUUAAAUGCAUGUGGACCUAUGGUGUUGGAUGCUUUAUUGAAGAUUAAAAAUGAACAAGAUGCCACUUUAACUUUCAGAAGAAGUUGUAGAGAAGGUAUUUGUGGAUCAUGUGCCAUGAAUAUUGGUGGUACUAAUACCUUAGCAUGUUUAUGUAAAAUCGAUCAAGAUAAUGCCAAAGAUUUAAAGAUUUAUCCUUUACCUCAUAUGUUUGUUGUUAGAGAUUUAGUACCAGAUUUAACUCAUUUCUACAAACAAUAUAAAUCAAUUCAACCAUAUUUACAAAGAGAAACUAAUCCACCUGAUGGAAGAGAAAAUUUACAAACUAUUGAAGAUAGAGCUAAAUUAGAUGGAUUAUAUGAAUGUAUUUUAUGUGCUUGUUGUUCAACUUCAUGUCCUUCAUAUUGGUGGAAUCAACAAGAAUAUUUAGGUCCAGCUGUUUUAAUGCAAGCUUAUAGAUGGUUAAUUGAUUCAAGAGAUGAAGCUACUAAUUUAAGAAAACAAAUGUUACAAAAUUCAAUGUCUUUAUAUAGAUGUCAUACUAUUAUGAAUUGUGCUAGAACAUGUCCAAAAGGUUUAAAUCCUGGUAAAGCUAUUGCUGAAAUUAAGAAACAAUUAGCUUUUGAUUAG